GACACUCAUCAUUCUCCAAUAAUCUACGGUUCAAUCAAGAAAUGUUCGGCUUGUUCUCGAGGUCUUUGCAAUUGCCUCUUAUCUGUGUCUUGGCCUUAGCCCCGUGGUCACACAGGCUGAGCCAAGGGCAGCGGCAACCUUCUUCGUUAGUCGCUGAGUCCAACACAGUUCGAUACCAUGGAGGCCCUCUCUUGACCAACUCGAAUGGCGUUAACGUUUAUCUCAUAUGGUAUGGAGGGUUCUCUCUGAAAGAUAGAAGCUCCAUAACCGAUUUCUUCGCUUCUUUCGGGAGCUCUGGUCCACGUCAAGGAAACUCUGUUUCAACGUGGUGGAGAACAAUCAGUACAUACAAGGACAAAACUGGGAGACCAGUUUCCAACUCUGUUAGACUUGUGAAACAAGUUGGUGAUGCAUAUUCUUCAGGGAAGAGCCUGAAGCGCGCCCAAAUAGCCAACUUUGUGAAAAGCAAGAUAGACAGCAAAAUCUUUCCUUUAGACACAAAUGGAAUUUACUUAGUUUUGACUGCUAAAGAUGUUACAGUAGAGAGGUUCUGCAUGGGAUCAUGUGGCUUCCAUGACAGCAUAUCAGUAGGGGCAAUAUCUCAAGUGGUGUUCGCACACGUUGGAGACCCUACGGUCCAAUGCCCCGGUCUUUGUGCUUGGCCUUAUGCUCUGCCUGCUUAUGGCCCUCCGGGACAAGCCUUAGUGGCACCUAACGGCAUUGGAACCGAUGGCAUGAUCAUAAACAUUGCUACCCUACUUGCAGGGGCUGCCAGUAACCCCUUCAAGACCGGCUAUUUUCAAGGGGAUGCUUUGGCACCAUUGGAAGCUGUCACAGCCUGUCCCGGAAUAUUUGGUAGCGGAGCGUAUCCUGGGUAUCCAGGAGCUUUGUUGGUAGAUAAAAUGAGCAAAGCUAGUUAUAAUGCAUAUGGUGCUAAUGGUAGAAAAUUUCUUCUUCCAGCUAUCUGGGACCUUAUAAGCUUGAAUUGCAAAGUUAUCACUUAGUUUCCUUAGGAUAAUCUCUACCCUAAAUUUAUGUCAAAACUGUUAAAGCUGGGCUUAAAGCCUGUAGAACCCUGUAUUAGUUAUUGAAGCUUUUGAAUCAUUCUGUAUGGUUGUCCCUUGUUCCCAUAUGUAAUGAGGUAAGGGGGAGGUAAGAUAGUAG